AUUUGAAACAAUAUUGUUGCCUCUAUUUCUUAUCUAUUUUAUUUUCGCAGGCUUCCGAUUCUGAGAUGAUUGAUGGAAAAAAGCCAAAAGCUAAGACGCCUCGCAAGACCAUACCAAUCCAUUCAAAUCUUGUUAAUCUAGAUUUUAAUGCUGCAGACGUUGUCCCUAUAACAACAGUUCAACCUUCGCAUACUAAUCCUUCUAUCACUCCAAUAAUUCAAAUUUCUGAGAAAAAUGUUCUUAUUACUCCUACACCAUCUCAAGCUUCUCAGAAGAAUGUUCCUGCUACUCCUUCACCAACAAUCCAUCUUACAGAUGAGAAUGCCUAUGUUACUUAUGAUGAACUUUUUUUUUAAAUGGAGUCUCCUGUAAAUAAGGAGUUUCUUCUUAGUCGAGGAACAAAAAGUAGUCCUCCCAUUGCCUCUGCGACUUCAUCGCAUGCAAAUCAAGUUUUUCCUUCACCCAUUAAUUCUAGCUCGCAACCAAACCUUCUUCAAAAGGAAUCCCCUGUCCCAGCAGAUUCUUCUACUCCUUUUUCCUUGUUAAAUUCUUUUCCUUUGAACAAUAAAUCUUUGGAUAGUGUAAAACUUGCUGCUCAAUCUUUAUCCGACGUCAUCAACUCUGACCCAUCUUUAAGUGAUGAUCCUUGCAAGUUUCGCUCCUGUUCUGCCUUAAGCAAGCUUUUAUUUGAAUUUCCCGCUGAUAAAGCUUCAAGGGAUGAAGUCUUUUCCCAAAUUGAUCCGAGCUUCCAUGUUGCUCUAGAUGUUCUGGACUCUCAUCGUCGCGUGAUGCUGGCUGAAAAGAAUUUUGAAUCUAGCUGAUCUCAGUUGGAACUUUCGCAGAAAAAUGUUUCUUUGGAGAAGGAAAUACAAAAGAUAAGAGGAGAACUCCAAGUUUCGAGUUUUGAUGCUGAAACUCUUCGCAACGAGAAUCAAAAACUUAGAGAUAUUUAUUAUUAUAUUUGAGAUAUUUAUCAUAUUCUAUAUUCUUUCGCACACGUUCAUUUUUGUAAAUUUCUUCGUACACUUAUUAAGAUUUAAACCAGAAGCGAACGAAUGAGAUGUAUAACUUUCAAUUCCUUGCUGAAGAUGCUCAAGCGAAUACCGAGAAGCUGCAGUCCCAACUAAGCCAAUUAAAUAAUAAAUACUCAUAUUCACUUGAUCAGAUUAACAAUCUUUCCCAUGAGAAUA